AUGCGCAGAGCUUUCCAGACAUGUUCAGCAUCUCUCCCCCGAUCUCUUUCGACAUUGGCGCCAGCUAGUCGAACAGCGCAGCAAUGCUUCAGACCAUCACAACUCUCGACGAGCACAUUGUCGAACCUCCCAGCCAUCACUAGGACACUCCACCUCUCCGCCAGACUACAGCAGCAAGCUGCCGCGUACGAGGAUGACAUCCCCAGCACAGAUGGUGCCAAAGCACCCAUCACCAAGUUCGCAGAGCUCGAGACGAGAGGCGUCAUCCACAAGAACGUCGUCCAGGCCCUGACCAGAGACAUGGGUCUUGAGACGAUGACUGACGUGCAGAGCGCCACCAUCAACGAAGCACUCAAGGGCACCGAUAUCAUCGCUCAGGCAAAGACGGGCACUGGAAAGACAAUGGCCUUCCUGUUGCCCAUCUUGCAAAACAUCAUCAGCGUCGAUCCGGACCUCGCGCACCGCACAGGAGGGAGGCGAGGACCACGCACGACCGCAGACGACAUCCGCGCCCUCAUCAUCUCCCCGACCCGAGAGUUGGCAGAGCAGAUCGCUGAAGAGGCGAAGAAGUUGACGAGAAACACGGGUGUCAUCGUGCAAACAGCCGUUGGCGGCACACAAAAGAGCGCAGGACUGAGGGCGAUACAGAGAGACGGCUGCCAUCUGCUGGUCGGCACACCGGGUCGUCUGAAGGACAUCUUGACCGAUCCAUAUACCCGCGUGGAGGCGCCAGACCUCUCUGCGCUCGUCUUUGAUGAGGCCGACAGACUGCUCGAUCAGGGCUUCUGGCCGGAGAUCCAAGAGAUCAUGCGACUGCUCCCAACAUCAGCGGAGGUCAACCGCCAGACCAUGAUGUUCUCAGCCACUAUCCCCAAGGAAGUUGUCAACCUCGUCCGCAGCACUCUCAAGCCUGGCUUCCAAUUCGUCAAGUGCGUCCGAGAGGACGAGGAGCCAACACACGCGAGAGUGCCACAGAAGAUGGUCGCAAUCGGUGGUUUCGAGAACUCUCUACCUACACUCGUCGAGAUUUGCCAGAAGGGCAUUGAAAACUCAAGGAAUGAGGGCGCAAGGCCUUUCAAAGCCAUCGUAUAUUACAACAGUACAGCAGAGGUCACGCUUGCUGCUUCCACACUGCAGGGUCUGCAGUCAAUGGGUCAUGAAGGACGAGACGGCUUUGGCUCGAGCCAUCCAUGGUCACCAGCACGCGUUCACGAGAUCCACGCCAAACUCACUCAAUCGCAACGUACACGCGCGGCAGAGGACUUCAAGAACUGCAAGUCCGGUCUACUCAUCUCUUCAGAUGUGACUGCACGCGGUAUGGACUUCCCCAACGUUACCCAUGUCAUCCAGAUGGGUCUGCCGACUAGCCGCGAACAGUACAUUCACCGCAUUGGCCGUACUGCCCGUGCAGGCAAGGAGGGAGAAGGCUGGAUCGUGCUUAACCGCAUUGAGGCAGAUGAAGCACGCAGCCGACUCCGUGGCCUGCCACUUCAAAAGGAUACCACUCUUUCGAUCCCGGCUCUCGACUUGACCAAGGCUUCCGACGUACCUGCUAGCGCUGGCAGGAUCCUCAGCAUGUAUCAAAAGGCUGUUCAGCGCGUGCCCAUGUCUGAGAAGGCCAGGGUGUACCUUGCUCAGCUCGGUGUCUUUGCCUGGUACCCACGAAAGAGCGAGCUGGUGGAGAGCAUGAACAACCUGUCUCAGUUCGGAUGGGGCCUUAGGACCCCUCCGGCUGUGCCACACGGUCUCGCGACGAAGCUUCGUAUUGACAGAAUCGAGGGCAUCGUCAUCGGGGACAGCGAAGCCUUUGCUGACCGUGACCGUCGUGGUGGUGGUCCACCAGGCCGUGGGCCCCCGCGUCGCGCACUUGACGACUUUGGACCACCCCGUGGACGUGGCGGUGGCGGCUUUGGUGGUAGAGACGGCGGCUUUGGUGGCCGAGACAGCGGCUUUGGUGGUCGAGGUGGUGACAGAGGUGACAGGGGUGGAUUUGGCGGCCGAGAAGAUCGCUAUGGAGGACGAAGCGGUGGUCGCGGAGACGAUGGCGGACGCCCGUCCUACGGCGGUGGUGGCAACCGUGGCGGUGACCGCGCUCCACGCCGACCUGCCUAUGACGACCCUUUCAACUAA